AUAGAUUAAUUUAACAUAGUCAUAUCGAUCUUUCAGUCAUGGCAGCCGAACAAUUCAAUAUAGACUUUCAUCAAUUGUUGGGUGUGAACAGAAAUGCCGACGAAAAGACUAUACUCAAAGCAUUCAGACAACUAUCGAGAAAGUAUCAUCCCGAUAAAGUGGCUGGCCAAGAGGACAAGAUGAAACUUUUGACCAUAGCCAAACUUACAUUGCUCGAUCCGGAUAAGCGAGCUAAAUACGAUGCCAAUUACGGAACGAAUGACGAGUUUGGAAACAAUCAGCCUAAUUUGAAUGCUGAUUUGCUCAAACUUAAUAUCGGUCACAGGCUAUCAGAUAAUUACCGAACUCAGAUAGAGCAAUGGAAAAAAGAAUAUCCAAACAUAUAUAUCGUUAACAAUAUGAAUAUGUUUGAGAUAUUGUUCCAAAAACAAUCGAUGCUUGAUAAAAAAACAGUGUUUGAUCUAGGCGCUGAUCAACUGAUCAACCAAGAUAAAGCACAUCAAGUGAUGUUCGAAGAGCUUCGAACACUUUUCAUAGCGCAAGACUUUGCUAACCUUGCAAAAUACAUCUUGACUCACCAGUGCCGCUCUGUAUUAACAGAGCUAUACGAAACUGUCAAGCCCACACAUGGAUAUGAAUUGCCAGAUAAGCACAAGGCAUUGCUGCAAAUUAUCAAAGCAUCUAGUACACUACACGAUGGUCAUCAAAAUAGAAUCAAAGGCUUGUACGAGGCUAUUUUUAUUUAUCCCAUCGAUGAGUGCAUGGAAUGUGUUCUUAAGCUCAUUAACAAUCGUAUGACUGAUGCUCAUAAAAAUGAGGUUAUAGAUAUGGUAUUGAUUCACAACUUGCAAGAUGAAAACGCAGAGAACAAACAGUACAUACGCAGACUGGAAAGUAAUCAAACACUCAGAUCUAUAUUCAAAUAUGAGAGUGCUAUUCACAAUCAGAAUAUCGAGUCAAUGGAUAAGGCAAUGCUUUACAUAGACCUAUGUAUGGUGAACGGGCAUCCAAUAGUGUUGGCCAAUAGCCUGGUGAUGGCAUCGAGGGAGCUAAUUACACAUAUGGCAGAAGUUACAGAUGCGGCUGAAUUGUAUGCGCUAAAGAACUGUGUGAUUGAGCUGUGUGCUACUGUCCUCCACUUUGUGACAACAUACGCCAAUCCAAUCUCACAACUGAAAUACUCGAUUCACGUAAUCAGACUUAUAAAAAGAGCUAAUGAAAUUCUAUCUGUUUCACAAGCCAUGGAAAGAACUUUGUUCUUGAAAAAAUACACAACGAUAAAGCCAUUGAUUGGUGAGCUUGAUCAAAGUCUGUUGAAACUUGCUAAUCACUGUGUGUCAAAGUGCAUCGGAGUGAGCCCAUUGAUAGACACCACACUUGAUAUGACCAGUGAUGUGUUGUAUAUGAAUCUGAUUAACAACAAACUGCUAGAAAAGUUCUACCACUGGAACAUUGGCACCUAUUCUGAUCAUCCAUCUGCACAUUUAUACUGGUACAGCCUCAUGGAGGGCGCGUGGAAAAACUGGUUCGAUGAGACCAAGUUCGAUGAAUACAGACGAAAGUGUAUCGAAGUUUUACUCGGUAAAACAACGAUGAGUGAGCUUGAUGUGGCCAAAAUAAUGAAGUUGGAAAUAUCAUGCACAAUACCCAACACAAACUCAUUAUUGGAUGAUUUGUUUGGAUUUUUCACUGGAUCAAAAUGCGAUGAAUCUAGGGUCGAAUUAAAACCAAUGAUAAACAGAUGCAAAGAGGGCUGGAUUUUGCCUGAUAAAAACUACUUGAAUAUGGGCAAGAUGAGUUUUAAUUCUGUGGACGGAUUGAUCAUUGACAUCGAGCAAGGCACUUUCAAGAUAAUUGUUAGCACAGACGAACAGCUCAGCCCACUUUGUGAUAGCCAAGACAUUGACGAAAUUAUCCUAAAGGGCAUUUCCCAUAAUCUAUUCAGCCUCGACCAAGCUGAUUUCGAACUAGACUAUCACCCGUUUCAAUUGAUGCGAUUUUCGCCCAAAAGUCUUGAAAAUUCACGGUACCUUUCCACUGUACUAGCUGCCGAUUACCUGCUCAAAAUGAUUGCAACUAAUACCGAGGUAUCAGCGCAAGCGCCAUUCGAAAUUAAGCAAGCAGUUGAUGGCUUUCUAAAGGCUUUGCCCGCUGACUUAAGAGAGUACAUUAUGAUGAAAAAAAGCACAUCUGAUUUUGGAAAAGUUCAUCGAUUUUGGAUAGAAAAUGGCAAUAUUCCGUUUUAUAAAGAUGUGGAAGAUAAUGGAAAACUAACUUACGAAUUUUACUAUACACCUAUGCUGAUCAAAAAGAAUUUAUUGAAAAAGAACUCAAAUGGUGAACUGGUCGAUGAUGUGGAUGACAGCGAAGAUGAUAUCACUGAUGAUGAUGAUAGCGAGGAUGAAAUGGAUAAAGAGCUGUGUCCACCGAAGAAAAAGAUUUCAGCAGAGGCUCGAUUUAUUCGAAGACUCACAGAAUAUUACGACCUGAUUGGUUGUUAUUUUCCAGUGCUGCUGAGACUGCGGGAAUUGGCCAAACUCAGUGCCAUUUCUAUGAUAUUGAAAAAUACAUAUCAUGCGCUGGAAGAGAGCAAAAAGCAAGCUACUGUCCCUCGGAACGAUAUUCAAAACAUUCUUGACAACAUCAGACGCCAAAUAACCUAUCCUAUUUGCACCGAGUCUAAGGUCGACGAGUUAUACUGGAAAUGUAUACGCGCCAAUGGUUUGCACGACGAUAGCCGAGUAUCUUGGAGUGAGACGAGACGAGUGAAGAACGAAAUCCGAAGCGAAUUGAAUCAUGCAGACAGAAAACUGUUUAUCGAUUUACCUAAAAAUUUAUCCGAGUCAUUGGAAUUGGCCAACACUCAAGCUCUGGGCCAACAUGUUUGCAAUUGGAUAAAACAUGGCCAGUGCAAUGCCUUAAUCGACUAUUUGUGCACCGCUGUCCAUGAGAAAAAAAUAGAAAAGUUGUCCAGAUUUGGCAACAAUCUCAAAAAGCUAGGUGUCAAUCUAUCUACUGACGGUGAUUCCGAGCUAAGUGAAUGUGAUGGUGGAUGCAAGUGGGUGCCGUCAGCCUUCUCUCAGCUCGAUGGCAGACGUGUCUAUGGCGGUGUUUUCUUGCGGCCUCAGCUCAGCUCGCAGGACGUUAAAGGCUUUCAAGGCUUUCAAGCAAGUUCUAGAAAUGCUGCCUCUUCACGUGGCGGCCCUUCUGGUUCAUCCAGAGGUGGUUCUUCUGGUUCGUCAGGUGGUGAUUCUUCUGGUCCUCCCAAGCCUCCCAAGCCUCCCAAGACGCCCAAAAAUAGAGAACAGGUUAUGAAUACAUAUGGGCAUGGCAAAGGCUGGCCAGAGACACCGAUAAGAGUGGGCGAUACGUAUUUCGGAAAACCUGACACUUCACACGAAACUCACCAAGGUAUCGGCAUCACAUCUGGCCCUAGUGGUUGGCCUAAAAUUCAUAAUCCCAGGCACAGCACAAGAAAAGCAGCUAAAGAAGCGGCAGCCCGUGCGAGUCGUGGUCGAGGUAAUAAAAAGGUAAUUGUGGAUGGCGCUCACGGCAAGAUCAGAAUGAACCAGGGCACUGCCAGUGACCAACAGAAGAAAGAUCACCACAACAAAAACAAAAAAGGUGAUAAAAGCAGCCAUUUUCAUCCCACCGACGAGAAAGGCGAUAAGCUCAAAGAUGGCGUGCAUCACCUUUUCUAAUAAUCACUUUGAUCAACUUAUACAAUAGCACUUUUUAUAGACAGUAUAAUAUGGAAAACCAUACAUACCAUAUAUAUACUUAUGAAAAACCUUGUUCACCAAAGCGUCUCCAUUAUUAAAAUUUAUUUGGUUAAGCGAUUUUCGAAAUGAAAUGUUCUAGAUCAUCGAACGAAUUUGGCAUUAUUGACAAAACUCAUGCUGCUUUCAGUUCGAGUGAAUGGAGAACAGAG